AUGAAGCAGACGAUCGCGGCCACAUCCUUUAACCAUUCUGAGAUUUUGGCUAUUCAUGAGGCCAGCCGCGAGUGUGUAUGGUUACGGUCCAUGACCAACAUUAUCCGAAUUGAUUGUGGGAUGACCGAAGGGAAAGACGCACCAACGAUCAUGUAUGAGGACAAUGCAGCAUGCAUAGCUCAGCUUAAGGAUGGCUAUAUUAAAGGAGACAUGACGAAACACAUCAUGCCUAAGUUCUUCUUCACGCAUGAGUUACAGAAAGCCGGCGAGGUCCAAGUGGUACAACUGCGUUCAAGUGACAACUCAGCUGAUCUAUUCACCAAGUCACUUCCGACCUCUACGUUCAGAAAGCUCACGCAUCAGAUUCGGAUGCGUAGACUUAAAGACCUUCAGUGA